CUCACCCAUAGUCUAUUCCGGAAGCUUCGAAGAUCAUACCAGCACUGCCUGCCUGUCACUGUAUCAUUUUCGUACCUGAGUGAGAUCAGUAUCGUACGUAGACCACGAUAACCUCUUUCUCUUUUCUUCUGAUUUUUCUGUACGCCACGCCAAUUUUUACUCCUCUUCCAAUCCUGCAGACCGGUGUUUCACAGCCACCCCUCGCAGCACAUCUCCUCUACCCUACACACUACGGUACGGUGCCAGUACUUGUACUGUACGAGCAGAGCGUCCCCAUCACACCACACGCAACAGCCCGCGGAGCCGCCCUAGACAAACUUUUCCUCUUCCUCUCCCAAGCGAAUAGCAGUUUCCGAGCGACAACCUUUCAUCCCCUUCUCUCCUUCAGCAUUUCCAUAUCCCCGGAAUAGAGCCAUGGAGAAGACUUCAGCCCGUCAACGUCGCCCACGUUUGUUGACUGACAAGGAGAGGGAUCGUUUAGAGGAAUUCGUUGAUCUUAUUCACUACUCUGAUCGUUACUCUGAUAAGCAAUAUGAGUAUAGGCAUGUUAUGCUACCAAAGCAAAUGCUGAAACAGAUUCCCAAGGAUUAUUUCGACACCGAGACGGGAACUCUCAAAAUUCUCCACGAGGAGGAAUGGAGAGGGCUUGGGAUAACUCAGAGUUUGGGAUGGCAGCACUAUGAGAUUCAUGCUCCGGAGCCGCACAUCCUACUAUUCAAGCGACCCAAGAACUUCCAGACGAAUGCUCAGUAGAGAAAAACGUCGCUUCUCUCCUUCCCUCUAUCGCCAAAGCGGAGUUUUGAUGCAUCUGCUCGUGGCAUCUGGGCAACGAAAUAACGAAAAUGGAUGCAACAAGACGAUCACGAAAACUCCUUUUAAUCUUCAUUUGUGUCAAUGGUGAACCUGGAAGCUACGUUUAUAACAUCAACUCGUUUCGGCAUGGCUUUGAUGUUUUUAUCUUUCUCUUGCGAAACGGGUUGAGAUGUAAAGUGGGAUAAGCGAACUCAUUUAUUUUCUCUCCUUUUUCUUCUCUUUUGAGUUAUAUGCGGUGGAUUUCCUUUAUUCUAUAUUCUCGCGCCGGCCUCCUCACUCCUCUUAACUAUCGUGGUGAUAUUGUAAGCCGAGAUUGAUCCGAAUCCAUACUCUUUUCUUCUUUUUUUUUCUCUUUCUUUUUGCCCCUGUGUAUAUUGAUUGCCGCUACUCCGUCACUUGUAACUUCACCUGGGUCCGAUACUUUCUGCGCCCGAAAUUUUACUUCCACCGUAUUUAA